UCCAUUUUUCAAAAUCUCUUUCUCCCACACACACACUCUCUCUCUCUCUAGCUUGAAGAACAAGCUUGGUAUAGUUGUUUCAACGGGCUAUUUUAUCGAUCUCUUUCACAAAUAAAGAAGAAGGAAGAAGAUAUCUUUGAGUUGGUAUCUCAAGAAAAUGGGGAAGAAAGAGCAGAAGGAUCAUUCAACAGUAGAGAGCGACGACAAAGUUGAAGCUGUUCUUCAUCUCCUUCGUAAACAUUCUCCUCUCACUCUCAAACAGGAGAAGUUCUGUAACAGAGCUUGUGUCAGUAGAUUCUUGAGAACAAAAGGAGACAAUGUGAAGAGAGCAGCUAAACAGUUAAGAUCUUGCCUUUCAUGGAGAUCUUCUCUUGGCAUCGAGAGCUUGAUCGCCGACGAGUUCACGGCGGAGCUAGCUGAAGGUCUUGCCUAUGUCGCCGGUCUUGACGACGAGUGUAGACCCGUUUUGGUUUUCCGCAUUAAACAAGAUUAUCAGAAGUUACAUACGCAGAAACAGUUGAUUCGCUUGGUGGUCUUUACAUUGGAGGUGGCAAUCUCAACCAUGUCCAGGAACGUCGAAGAAUUUGUCAUCCUUUUCGAUGCUAGUUUCUUCAAAUCAGCAUCAGCCUUUAUGAACAUACUUGUGACUACACUCAGAAUAGUUGCAGAGUAUUAUCCUUGUCGACUUUUCAAAACAUUCGUCAUCGACCCUCCCUCUCUUUUCUCCUACCUCUGGAAGGGCGUUCGUGCAUUCAUGGAUCUGUCACCGACCACGACGAUUGUAUCGAUGUUAGACUUCCAAGACUCGUAUGACUACGACGACUUCUCUUCAUCAUACCCAUCACGAGUCUCCUCCCUCCGUUUCGACAAGUCACCAACAAAACCAACGGACAAGAUUAGCUCCUCCGCAUCCUCUAGGUUCGCCUUCACCGUGUCCCGCGACGGCCUCGACACGGUCAAACCGUGGUGCCUCACUCUCACCGACACGUCUUCCUCGUCCAAACUCGGACACACGAGCGCGUACAUAUCACCGCUAAACGCGCGUUCUUUCUCCUUCGCGUCACCCGCGGCUAGGCGCGAGCCCAUCGAUGGACCAAGGAGAAGCUUUUUCGCUUCCACGCCGAUGCCAGCUAGGACUAGCGACCGUCACUCUAUCGGAACCCUCCGUGACCCGCGAAUACCUCGUCCGUCUUUCUUCCAGUCUCCGGCGGUGUUUUUCCGGCGAGAGUCGCAUGUUAGUAAAAGUGAGAAGCCGCGGGAUACGUUCGUUCCUUUCCUCAAGUUCUAUCGUAGACCGUACGAUGAAAUGACUUAUAGGUCAAAGAUGCGGCCCCCACUCGGUGGUCUUGUCUCUAUUGUUUCUAGCCAGAUCAGACGCCGCCACGUGUCUUUAUCUCAAAGGUUCUAACUCAUGAAGCUAUCAACCAGUUAAAGAAGUACGUAGUAUAGUAUAUAACUUUUGUUACCAUUUUGUGGCCAUUUUAUUAUAAGAGUUAUCCAUUAUUGUUUGUUUCUAUCAUAUGUAUGUUUAGUUCGUCAAGAUGUAUUUCUAAUAAUUUUGAUCAAUUGUUUAUUUAUUCA